CUGGAUAACGGCAUGUGUUUCUUCGAUUUGAUCUAUUUGGCGAGCUUAAACCACGUGACUCAGGUGAGAGCUGCAUCGCACUCAACCAUUCACAUUGCAGGGUUACCUUGAUACUUAGCCUCAAGAUGUAGCUUAAUUUGCUUAUCGUGUUCUCCCCAUGGUCCGAUUCAGCACCAAGAGCAUGGCGGAGGAGAGGGUUCUCAAAGGCAACCUAGGGCGCUGUCACGGAUCCGACAUGACAUUGACCGGCAUAACCUUUACCGGGAUGUUUGCACAAGAUUUAAAUACGUCAAUACCAUAUCAGCAGGGCGCUCAUGUAUCUGAUCAAGCCAAUGGGAUGAGGAAAGAAUAUCGAGCAGCUACAUGUUGGAGCUGGAUUCAUCAUUGAGGGAAACUAUCAUGAGCACACGCAGUAGAGGCAUCAUGCGUGCAAAUCGUUCACUCGCCCGUAUAAUUCUCAAAAUUCAAUUCAGUCACGGAGUGAGCCAUGCAGCCUAUUCCACCGGCAGCCACGAC